AUGCCUCCCGAUCCCGUAUUAGAUGAGGAGGACGAGCAGUACGUCUCGUCUGAAGACUCAGACUUCGCCCCUGAUGAAGCACCAGAAGCCGCAUCCGACCAGUCCGAUACUGAAGAAGAUGCAAAUGAGGGCUCCAAGAAACGAAAGCAGCCACCAAAAGAUGGAGCGGCCGCAGGGGACGACUACGAUAACUCUGGAGACGAAGCAGUUAUUGCAAAGGGGAACAAAAGGCGGAAGCGAGCAGAGGAGAAGGGGCGUCUUGCAGAUGAAGACGAGGGCGGCGAAGGAGGAUUGGUCAAGACCCGUGCCCAACGAGCACUAGAAAAGGAGGAGCGCAAGCACGCCGUCAGUCAUGGACCCGUUACCAUCGACGUAGAUGCGAUGUGGGCACAGAUGAUGUCUGGCGAACAAAUCAAACCUAGCGCACAAGCAGACGAAGCCGACGGCGAGUCUACGAAAGACACAACAGAUAACAACGCCGCUCCAGCCGUCUCGUCCAAUGAUCCGCAAUCGGACACAAUCCGCAUAAAGCGCACGUACAACUUUGCCGGACGAGUCCACACAGAGGAAAAGGUUGUUGCACGAGACUCAGCCGAGGCCAGGCUAUAUCUUGCGUCCCAGGAACAAAACCCGCCCGACAUGGAUUCAUCGCCAACGAAGCGCGCGACACGAAAGGCAUUCCGCUCGGCUUUCGAGCCCAUAGUAGACUCACGGGUAGGACGCGCAGACUUGAACCUCGGACUAGCUGCGCGGAUUCAAGCUGGUAAGGAGGCACGAGCCAAGAAACUCAAUACUGUGGAAAAGAGCAGAAUGGACUGGGCGGGCUAUGUGGACAAGGAGGGGAUCAAGGACGAGCUGGAGCUGGCCAGCAAGUCGAAGGACUCGUAUACUGCUCGACAGGAUUUCUUGGCGAGGAGCGAGGCUAUACGCGACGACGACGCGCGAAGGGCCAGAAUAGCCGGGAAGGCUUGA